CUAAAUAUGACAAGUCUAUGAAAAUUGUCAGCAAUGCUUCCUGCACCACCAACUGCCUGGCUCCUUUGGCCAAGGUCAUCAAUGACAACUAUGGCAUAGUGGAAGGUCUCAUGACCACUGUCCAUGCCAUCACAGCCACACAGAAGACUGUGGAUGGCCCCUCUAGGAAGAUGUGGCGAGAUGGCAGAGGUGCUGCCCAGAACAUCAUCCCAGCAUCCACUGGUGCUGCUAAGGCUGUGGGCAAGGUCAUUCCGGAGCUGAAUGGGAAGCUCACUGGAAUGGCUUUUCAUGUUCCAACUCCCUAUGUCUCUGUUGUGGACCUGACUUGUCGUCUGGAAAAACCAGCCAAGUAUGAUGACAUUAAGAAGGUGCUGAAAAGUGCCUCUGAGGGGCCUAUGAAGGGCAUCCUGGGAUACACCGAGGACCUGGUUGUCUCCAGUGACUUCAACGGUGACAGCCACUCAUCUAUCUUUGAUGCAGCUGCUGGCAUUGCUCUCAGUGAUCACUUUGUCAAACUGGUCUCCUGGUAUGACAACGAGUUUGGAUACAGCAACCGUAUUGUGGACUUGUUAGUUCACAUGGCAUCUAAGGAGUAAGCCAGGUGCAUGGAUCAGCCUGUGCCUGGGGAAUGAGGUUUGUGGGGGAAGUCUCGCUGGAGAUCCUUGUUCCUCCCACCCCUCUUCUCACCACCACUCAGCUCUGCAGCCUGCAGCAAGAAGCCAGUUCUGUUCCAUCUGUCUUCCCCAUUCCUCUACUGUGUAUCUGAAGCUUGGGGGAGGUGGAGAGGCUAACAGAAGCUGACUUGUUUCUAUAUCACAUUUUCUCAAAUAAAGUA